AUGCGUCCAGAGAUUGAACAAGAAUUAUCGCACACAUUGUUAACCGAGUUGUUAGCAUAUCAAUUUGCUUCGCCUGUGAGAUGGAUCGAGACACAAGAUGUGUUUUUGAAACAGCACAACACCGAGAGGGUUGUUGAAAUCGGGCCAUCGCCAACUUUGUCGGGAAUGGCAUCGAGAACCAUCAAGGCCAAAUAUGAGUCGUACGAUGCGGCAUUGUCGUUGCAACGUCAAGUUUUGUGUUACAGUAAGGACCCUAAGGAGAUCUACUACACGCCAGAUCCAGCGGACCUCGAGCCACCCGCUAAAGAAGAAGCGGCACCAGCCGAGGCAGCUCCAGCGGCCGCAGCACCAGCAGCAGCAGCAGCACCAGCAGCGCCAGCCGGCGCGGGCCCUGCUGCCUCUAUUCCAGACGAGCCAGUCAAGGCUUCAUUAUUGUUGCAAGCUUUGGUUGCCCAGAAGUUGAAGAAGUCGCUCGACGCCAUUCCUAUGAGCAAGGCCAUUAAGGACUUGGUCGGGGGUAAGUCCACAGUGCAGAAUGAAAUCUUGGGUGACUUGGGUAAGGAAUUUGGCUCCACGCCUGAAAAACCAGAAGAUACUCCAUUGGAAGAAUUGGCUGAGCAAUUCCAAGAUAACUUCAACGGCCAAUUGGGUAAGACCUCGACAUCUUUGAUCGGUAGAUUGAUGUCUUCCAAGAUGCCGGGUGGAUUUUCCAUCACCAUCGCCAGAAAGUAUUUGGAAUCAAGAUAUGGUCUUGGUUCGGGUAGACAGGACUCGGUAUUAUUGUUAGCAUUGACACAAGAACCAGCUGGUAGAUUCGGUUCCGAGGGUGAAGCUAAGGAAUACUUGGACACCAUGGCUAAUAAAUAUGCCACUAUUGCUGGUAUUUCAUUAACAUCGGCCUCCUCGCAAGGCCAAGAAGGUGCUGGUGGUGCCGUUAUUGACAGUGCUGCCUUAGAUGCCAUGACUGCGGAAAGCAAGAAGAUGGCCAGACAGCAAUUAGAAGUGUUUGCAAGAUACUUACAAGUUGACUUGAACCAAGGUGCUAAGUCGUUCAUCAAGGAGAAGGAAGCUUCUGCUGUCUUACAAAAGGAAUUAGAUUUAUGGGAAGCCGAACACGGUGAAUUCUACGCCCAAGGUAUCAAACCAACCUUUUCUCCAUUGAAAUCCAGAACUUACGAUUCGUACUGGAAUUGGGCUAGACAAGAUGUGUUGUCUAUGUACUUUGAUAUCAUUUUUGGUAAAUUAAGCUCGAUUGAUCGUGAAACAAUUAACCAAUGUAUCCAAAUUAUGAACCGUGCUAACCCAACCUUAAUCAAGUUCAUGCAAUACCACAUUGACCACACUCCAGAAUACAAGGGUGAAACUUAUAAAUUAGCCAAGAGAUUGGGUCAACAAUUAAUUGAUAACUGUAAGCAAACUAUGUCUCUCGACCCGGUUUAUAAAGAUGUCAGUAAGAUCACCGGACCUUCGACGACCGUCGAUGCCAAGGGUAAGAUUAACUAUCAAGAAGUCAACAAGGAAUCAGUUAGAAAGUUCGAACAAUACGUUUAUGAAAUGGCCCAAGGUGGUGCUAUGACUAAGCAACAAUCACAGCCUACUAUUCAAGAAGAUUUAGCCAGAGUUUAUAAGGCUAUUACCAAACAAGCAUCCAAGAAUACUAAAGUGGAAAUUGAACAAUUAUACACUCAAUUAAUUAAUUACGUCGAAUCAUCGAAUGAAAUUGAGGUCUCCAAAUCAACUAAAUCUUUCUUGCCAACUGGUACGAAUACCCCAACCGAGGAGGAUGAAUUGUCCACUUCUUCGGGUGCUUCAGAGGAUGAUGAGAUUGCAUCUUUACCAGAUAAGACAUCUAUUUUGGAACCAGUCUCUUCCACCAUUCCACCAGAAACUAUCCCAUUCUUAAACUUACAAAGAAAGUCAAAGUCCGGUCGUUGGGAUUACGACCACAAAUUAUCCUCCACUUACUUGGAUGGAUUAGAAAGUGGUGCUGUCAACGGUUUAACUUUCAAUAAUAAGUACGUUUUAGUUACUGGUGCAGGUGCUGGAUCUAUUGGUGCCGAAAUUUUACAAGGUUUAAUUAGUGGUGGUGCCAAGGUUAUUGUUACCACUUCUCGUUUCUCUAAGAAGGUUACCGAAUACUACCAAACUAUGUAUUCUAGAUAUGGUGCCUCCGGCUCUACUUUGAUUGUCGUUCCAUUCAACCAAGGUUCCAAACAAGAUGUUGACUCCUUAGUAGAAUAUAUUUACAACGAUCCAAAGAAGGGUGGUUUAGGAUGGGACUUGGAUGUUAUCAUUCCAUUUGCUGCUAUUCCAGAAAACGGUAAUGGUAUUGAUAACAUUGAUUCUAAAUCAGAAUUUGCUCACAGAAUUAUGUUAACCAACUUAUUAAGAUUAUUAGGUGCUGUUAAAUCUAGAAAGAACACUGAUACUAGACCAGCUCAAUGUAUCUUACCACUUUCUCCAAACCACGGUAUUUUUGGUUUCGAUGGUUUGUAUUCGGAAUCAAAGAUUUCUUUAGAAACCUUAUUCAACAGAUGGUACUCUGAAGAUUGGGGUUCCAAGUUGACUAUCUGUGGUGCCAUCAUUGGAUGGACUAGAGGUACUGGUUUGAUGGGUGGUAACAAUAUUAUUGCUGAAGGCAUUGAAAAGUUAGGUGUCAGAACUUUCAGCCAAAAGGAAAUGGCUUUUAACAUUUUGGGAUUGUUAACCCCAGAAAUUGUUCAAUUAUGUCAGGAAGAACCUGUUAUGGCCGACUUGAACGGUGGUUUACAAUUCAUUGACAACUUGAAGGAAUUCACAUCUAAAUUGAGAAGUGAUUUAACUGAAACUGCUGAUAUUAGAAGAGCUGUCUCCAUCGAAUCUGCCAUUGAACAGAAGGUCAUUAAUGGUGAUAAUGUUGAUGCCAACUAUUCUAAGGUUACUGUUCAACCAAGAUCUAAUAUGAAAUUCGAAUUCCCAACCUUGAAGUCUUAUGAUGAAAUUAAGAAGAUCGCACCAGAUUUAGAAGGUAUGUUAGACUUAGAAAAUGUUAUUGUUGUUACUGGUUUCUCUGAAGUUGGUCCAUGGGGUAACUCUAGAACUAGAUGGGAAAUGGAAGCUAAUGGUGAAUUUUCAUUGGAAGGUUGUAUUGAAAUGGCCUGGAUCAUGGGCUUAAUCAAGUACCAUAAUGGUAAGUUGAAGGGUAAGCCAUACUGUGGUUGGGUUGAUACCAAGACUGAACAACCAGUUGAUGACAAGGAUAUCAAGAGUAAAUAUGAAGAAGAAAUCUUAGAUCACUCUGGUAUUCGUUUGAUUGAACCAGAAUUGUUCCAUGGAUAUGAUCCAAAGAAGAAGCAAAUGAUUCAAGAAGUCGUGAUCCAACACGACUUAGAAGCAUUUGAAACUUCCAAGGAAACAGCCGAACAAUAUAAAUUAGAACAUGGCGAUAAGUGUGAAAUUUUUGAAAUCCAAGAUUCAGGAGAAUACACUGUCAAAUUGUUGAAGGGUGCUAGCUUGUACGUACCAAAGGCCUUGAGGUUUGACCGUCUUGUUGCUGGUCAAAUUCCUUCUGGAUGGAACGCUCGUCGUUAUGGUAUUUCCGAAGACACCAUUAACCAAGUUGAUCCAAUCACCUUGUACGUCUUGGUCUCUACCGUGGAAGCAUUAUUAUCAGCUGGUAUCACCGAUCCUUAUGAAUUCUAUAAAUACGUUCAUAUCUCAGAGGUUGGUAACUGUUCCGGUUCUGGUAUGGGUGGUGUUUCUGCUUUACGUGGUAUGUUCAGAGACAGAUACGCCGACAAGCCUGUUCAAAACGAUAUCUUACAAGAAUCUUUCAUCAACACGAUGUCUGCAUGGGUUAAUAUGUUGUUAUUAUCAUCGUCAGGUCCAAUCAAAACACCAGUCGGUGCAUGUGCAACUGCCGUUGAAUCCGUCGAUAUUGGUAUUGAAACUUUGUUAUCUGGUAAAGCUAAGGUUGUUAUUGUUGGUGGUUAUGAUGAUUUCCAAGAAGAAGGUUCUUAUGAAUUCGCUAAUAUGAACGCCACUUCUAACUCUAACAAGGAGUUCGAACACGGAAGAACUCCAAAGGAAAUGUCGAGACCAGCUACUACCAGCAGAAACGGUUUCAUGGAAGCUCAAGGUUCCGGUAUUCAAGUUAUUAUGAAUGCUGAUUUAGCAAUCAAAAUGGGUGUUCCAAUUUAUGCCGUCUUAGCUAUGACUGCUACCGCCUCUGAUAAGAUCGGUAGAUCUGUUCCUGCUCCAGGUAAGGGUAUUUUGACCACCGCGCGUGAACAUCACGGUGACUUGAAGUACCCAUCGCAAAUGUUGAACAUCAAGUAUAGAUCUCGUCAAUUGAAACAAAGAUUGCAACAAGUUAAGUGUUGGGAAGAAGGUGAAAUUGAAUACUUGAAUGAAGAGGUUGAAUUAGCUAAGGAAGAAUAUGGUACUGAAUUCUCUUCAAGUGAUUUCUUCCGUGAACGUACCGAAGAAAUUCACCGUGAAGCUAAGCGUCAAAUUUCUGAUGCUAAGAAACAAUGGGGUAACAAUUUCUUUAAGUCUGAUCCAAGAAUUGCUCCAUUGAGAGGAUCUUUGGCUGCCUUCGGUUUGACUAUCGAUGACUUAGGUGUUGCUUCAUUCCAUGGUACUUCUACUGUCGCCAACGAUAAGAAUGAAUCAGCCACUAUUAACAAGAUGAUGAAACAUUUGGGUAGAAGUGAAGGUAACCCAGUCUUUGGUGUUUUCCAAAAAUACUUAACUGGUCAUCCAAAGGGUGCUGCUGGUGCUUGGAUGUUGAAUGGUGCUAUUCAAAUCUUGAAUUCGGGUCUUGUUCCAGGUAACAGAAAUGCCGAUAACGUCGACAAGAUCUUAGAAGAAUACGAAUACGUCUUAUAUCCAUCUAGAUCUAUCCAAACCGAUGGUAUUAAAGCUGUUUCAGUUACUUCUUUCGGUUUUGGCCAAAAGGGUGCUCAAGCAAUUGCAGUUCACCCAGAUUACUUAUUCGGUAUCUUAGACCAAGCUACUUAUGAAUCCUAUGCCACCAAAGUUACUGCUCGUAACAAGAAGGCAUACCGUUACAUGCAUAAUGCUAUUACCCGUAACACUAUGUUUGUUGCUAAGGAACAUCCUCCAUACGGUGACGAAUUGGAACAACCAGUUUACUUAGACCCUCUUGCCCGUGUUGAAGUUGGUAAGGAUGAGUUAAGCUUCUCCAACAAAUCAAUUCAAUCGUCAAAGUCUUAUGUUAGCGAGGUUGCUGAUUCUACUGGUAAAGCUUUAAGCUCAUUAAACAAGUCUUCUAAAGGUGUUGGUGUUGAUGUCGAAUUAAUCUCAGCGCUUAACUUGGACAACGAAACUUUCCUUGAAAGAAACUUCACUGCGGCUGAACGUGCUUACUGUGAUAAGUCUUCCUCUCCAUCCGCUUCUUACACCGGUACUUGGUCUGCUAAGGAGGCUGUUUUCAAGGCUUUGGGCGUUAAAUCCCAAGGUGCUGGCGCAUCUUUAAUUGAUAUUGAGAUCACCCGUGAUAACAAUGGUGCUCCACAAGUUAAAUUGAACGAUGCUGCUAAGAAAACUGCUGACAGCGCUGGUGUCAAGAAGAUCAACAUUUCUAUUUCCCAUGACGAUUUCCAAGCCACUGCCGUCGCAUUAAGUGAAUUUUAA